CUCAAAACGUUAUCAUUUGCCCUGUCAGUGUCUAAAAGGCGGAAUUACUUAUAGGUUCUGCCAAAUUUCCAGCACCCUUACCCACUGAAGCCAAGAUUCUUCAACAUGAAGACCUCCUCCAUCGUCGUUUUGCUCUCCUUUGGUUUAUCAGUCUCUGCUGUUCACCGACAUCGUCCGGGUCCGGUCAAACGGCAGUUAGCCCAGGUUUUCUCAAAUUGUACAGUGCCGAACACUGUUGCCCUCACAUUCGAUGACGGUCCUUCUAUCUACGCGCGUAACAUCAGCGACACGUUGACGAAAUACAAUGUGAAGGGUACUUUUUUCUACAAUGGCAACAACCGGGGUUGUAUCUACGAUCAAGACAAUAUGGCGAAUGUACGAUAUGUUUAUGGUCAAGGUCAUCAAGUAGCAUCCCACACCUGGGGACAUCGAGAUUUAGCAACGCUUGGCUCGGAUGAAGUUCGCGAUGAAAUGCGGCGCGUCGAAGAGGCUCUUCAACGGAUUGUUGGCGUCGUACCGGCGUUCAUGCGACCGCCCUACGAAAGCUACAACGAUAACGUCAGAACCAUAGCCGCUGCCCGUGGCCAAUCUCUAGUACUCUGGGACUUUGAUGCUGGCGACGACGACGGGAAACCACCGGCAAAUACUAUCCGUGACUAUAUUGACAUAAUCAACCAACACCCGAGUACACUUUUACCUCUUAACCACGAGAUUGAAACCACUGCGUAAGAGGCUCCAACUUGGCCUUUGGGACUCCUUUGACCGCGCUCAUGAGCUGUUUUAUGGCAACAGGCAUCAAGUGGUUCCUGAAGUUGUAGAUCGACUAAGAGCGGCUGGGUACAGAUUGGUUACAGUGGCUGAAUGUCUGGGCGGAAUGGACCCCUAUCAGAGCGUUGGGGAACCUGGUACUCCGGAUGCUAGCUGGCAUUGCUAAACCUGAGUUCUACUGAGUCCCACCACUCACGAACCCGUCGAAGGAUUACUGUACAUAUGAAAGACUGCUUAUACUUAGUUGUGAGCUCGACCGCC